ACACAAUCACUCACAUGCGCUUUGGUUCUAGAGAUCCAAGUCUGCAACAGGAGCGCCAGGCGCGUCUGGUGGAACCUCCCGGUGGUUUUCACCGCGAUGAAGAUGUCCCCCAGCUUUAAUUCCGGCAGGGUGACAUGUGCGCCCUCAGAGGUUGAGUGUCCUCCGUGCUCCCCGCUGCUGCUGCUGCUGCUGCUGUUGCUUCCAGCCGGGCUCUGUGCGUCCCUGGUCGGGGAGGUGGCCUGCUGGAUAGAGCGGUGGAGCGCAUCGGGGACCCGAGGGGGAGCCACGCUGAGUUUGGGGAGGCUGCUGCUGCGUAAUUGGAAAUCCACAUAGAGGAUGAUGAAGAAGGUGAAAAUAAAGACAGGCAACCUCCGACGUAUCCAUCUCUUCGUCUGCAUGGUCUCUCUCUCUCUCUCCUGUACUGACCAGCUGCUUUCCUCUUCCCCACCCUCUGCACUUCUACCUGGCUCGGGGAGGACCAGCCCCCCGCCCAUCCUGGUCCCGCAGGUAAACCAGAGACGCCCGGGGCACACCCUGGCCAGGAAAGGCCCAGGAUCGCCUUACGGCCUCGCUGAAAAGGGCUCUUUCUAAAACAGUGAGUACAUCACAGCCCCACUUUGAACAAAGGGACCGGGGGAGUCGAGGGACCAGACCCCCUUUCAGGGCUUUGUCUGUCCAAAUGCCCUGAGCUCAGAGUCAGACGGAGACUUGGACUGCACUCAAGAUCUGGCAUUGGAGGAAACAUGGCAAGUGAGGAAGUCAUUAGAUCAAGGACUGCAGGAGACUGUAUUUUAAAGCCUUUUUUCUUAGACGAACUGGAGAAUCCAGUCUGCACAUUAUCCGGAGAUCUCUAUUCAAAGAGAAGAGAUUGUCCAUGUCAGAUGCAUUUUUAUUUCCUGGAAAGAUGAAAAGACGAAGGGUGGCGUUUGGGUAAAGCGUGUAGGAGGCCCGAAUUUGUCUAAUCAGCAUCGGCCCUUACAGACAGAAAUCCUGAGCUUGUCUCUCAACUACAUUUUUGUUAGCGUCUUUUAAUAACAUACCCUGCUUCUUCCACAUCGGAUGUUUGUUUUCUUACAGUUUCACGUCAGCGGACUCAGUUGGACAUUACACAGACUUUUUAAAGUAAUGACAUCCUUUACUCUUACAUAUUCCCCUCCAGGUGAUGUUAAAGUUCAUCUGUUAGAAAGGCUUAAAACCGUCUAAGAUGGCAAAGCAAUUGUAUAAAUAGUGAAGGAAACGGGAUGGAAAUCUCCCUAAGUCUUUAGGGCUGUAUAAGCAUUGAUUUGACGACAUUAAACUAGACUAGACUUGCAUUAAAAGAAAGUAAAAGAGCAUUAAUGCAGAGUCCUUCUGACACACUAAACCUCACAUUGGAAACCCCUUAACUCCACAGCCAGGUGUGUGUGUGUGAGUGUGUAUGUGUGUGUGAGAGAGAGCGAGAGAGAGUGAUAUGUCUCAGUUAGAGCAAAGCUUAAGUAGCUGAAAGCCCCCUCUCAACCUUCAAUCUCCGGCUGAAAUUCAAUUCAAAGAGCCGGCACAGAGCGACAGGAGGGCGGCUCUGUGGCUCAGCGGGUUGAUGUAAAUGGGUGUCAGCCAAUCAGAGGGUCGGUGGUUCGAUGCCCAUCAUGUUGAAGUGUAAUUAGGAAAAAUAUUGAAUCCCAAAUACACCGCAAACAACCGAUGAUAUCGCUCAUUAACAUUCACAAAUAAUGAUUACAAUUAUGAAAAGUUUGGCUUGCUUCAAGUCCUUUCACAAUCAAGUACUUUCUUGUCGGGAGACUUGCAAUCGAUUGAUUUCUUUUUCAAAUCAAGCCACACAGGCAUUUUCAAACUCUGUUAAAGUGGCAUGCUUCAGAAGCCUGAUCGUCCGUCUUCCCAUAAUGCAACAUGGCUUUAAUUGGACCUUCUUUGCCCAGUGUUUGUCUUUACAUUUAUGGAAAACACUCACACUUACAGGUGCAUCCUUCGUGAUUAAAUCCUCCCAAUAUUAUGAUGUAUAGUCACUGAAUAUGUGGUCACAGCAUUUCUGUCUCAGGAGUCAUCUCUUCUCUUAUUCUAGAUGGUCAGCAGAGGGCGGUGUAGACUCUUGGAGUUCACAUUCAACUUGUGAGACGUCACCCUGUGGCUCUCACCUUUCUAUAAACAGCUUUCUUAAAGAGCCUGUAAGACAGACUCGAGGGCAGAGCUAACACGGUGUCACUGCGGAUGCACUGUUUCCUGCACCGUGACCCCGCCCCUUCUCAACAACAAGGAACAGCUGCUCCAAAAACAACAACGAUUCAACAGGCGGAGGACCAGGAGCCGUAUCCCCGGGUCUGCCGAGCUCCCUGUCCAGUCAUCAUGGCCCAGGCGAACAUCUCGGUGACGGAGAGCCAGUUCCGGUGCCCGGUGUGCCUGGACAUUCUGAAGGAGCCGGUGUCCACCCCCUGCGGACACACCUACUGCAAGACCUGCAUCAACAACUACUGGGACCAGGCGGAGUCCGGACACUUCAGCUGCCCGCAGUGCCGCGAGACCUUCAGCCCGCGCCCGGUGCUGCGGAGGAACACCGUGCUCGCGGAGGUGGUGGACAAACUGAAGAUGAGUGAAAUGGUCUCGGCGCCGGAGCUCUACAUGGGGGGAGUCGGCGACGUGCCGUGCGACUUCUGCCCGGCGGAGAGCAGGCUGCGGGCGGUGAAGUCCUGCCUGGUGUGCCUGGCGUCCUUCUGUGAGCUGCACGGCCUGCCGCACCGGGACGUGGGCACCCUGCGGCGGCACAAGCUGGUGUCCGCGGUGGAGAGCGUGGCGCAGCGGCUCUGCGCGCAGCACCGCCUCGGGCUGGAGCCUGUAGGGGGCGCUGAGGAGGCGGAGGCCGCGGCGGAGUGGAGCGGGGACUGCCUGCUGUGCGAGGCGGACCAGGAGGAGGUGCACAACGUGGAGGCGCAGAGAGCCAGGAGACAGCUUCAGCUGCAGGAGGCUCAGAGGAUGGUUCAGGUGAGGACACGAACUGGAGAGCGAGAGUUGGAGGAGUUUCAACAAAGCCUGGAUUCCCUGAAGGUGUCUGCGACGGCUGUUCUGGAGGACAGUGAAGCCGUGUUUGCAGACAUGUCCCUCCGUCUGGAGAAAACCAAAGCAGAGGUUCGAGCGCGGCUGGAGACGAAGGAGCGCACGGUGGUGGGGCGGGCGGAGCGAGACGUGGAGCUGCUGGAAAAAGAUCUGGAGGAGCUGAGGAGGAGAGACCAGGAGAUCUGUCAGCUGCUGCAGACUGAGGACAACACACACUUCCUACAGGCGGCUCCUCUGCUGUGCGUCCCUCUCUCCAACGGUCGGCACUCUCAAGCCCUCAGCAUGCCCACCGAGGGGUUCAGCAGCGCCCGCAGAGCGCUGUGCCAUCUGCGCAGCCGCAUGGAGGAGGUCUGCAGGGAGGAGGUGGACAAGAUCAGCCGCGCAGUUAAUGACAACUACAUGUCUGGAGGACAGUGUGUAAAAGGGAACUCCAAACCAUCACAAUCUGCAGGGCAACACACCGCAGGGGCAGUGCCGGUGUCCUUCCCUCUGUCCUCCCUGUCUCUGCAGCCGGCUGAUCAGAGGAUGAGAGCAGCUUACCUCAGAUUUUCAUGCCGUCUAUCCUUGGACCCCGAUACUGCCCACCCUACUCUGGUUCUCCUGGAGGGUCCCAAGGGCGCCCACUGUGGCGAGGAGCCCCAAUCCUACCCCCCUCACCAGCAGCGCUUCGACUCCGUAGCCCAGGUCCUGUGCAAGGAGGGCCAGUUUGGCGGCGCCAGCUACUGGGAGGUGGAGUGGAGGGGCGGCGGGUGGGUCGACAUCGGCGUCACCUACCGCGGAAUCGGACGCAAAGGCGGCGGGAAGCCCUGCCUGCUGGGCCGCAACGAGAACUCUUGGCGGCUGCGGUGCACCCACGGCGGAUACGCCGCCUGGCACGACAACCGGAAAACCACGGUGGCUGCCCCCCCCUGCCCCCGGAUCGGCGUCUUCCUGGAGCGGCAGAAAGGAGUGCUGUCCUUCUACAGCGUGUCGGACACCGUGGUGCUGCUGCACACCUUUCGCUGCCCGUUCUCUCAGCCGCUUUACCCCGCCUUCCGCCUGGACCUGGACUCCACCCUGAUCAUCUGCCCCCAUGAAGGAGGAGGAGGCAGUGGGAACCCAGCCUAACCUUGCCCCUCCUCCUUCACCAAGGAGCUUAAGACCCUCCUGUCGUGUUGGUUUGACCACCCUCACUUUGGUGUUGGACUGGUCUGUUUGAAUGUAGCCAAUGUGGGUGUGUAGUCUCUGGAUGAGCAUGAUCUAGGGUCACCCAUUCAUUCAUAGGUGACUCAACCUCUCAAAAUUCACUGAAAGGGAAGCAAUGAAAUGUAAAUCACCCGAUUAAUGAUUGAUGGAAGAAGAAAUCUGUCAGGUUUGACCCGAACACGACAGGAGGGUUAGCUACAGCAGUCAGGAAGGGCUGUCAACAUUCAAACAAGUAGCAACAGGAAGUAGCAUCCCAUUUCUCUUUCCAUUCAUGUCUUUUUUCCAUAUUCUCUCCUUCUGCGUUUAUAAAAUACUCUUUUUGGAUCCCUUUAUAGAGCACGCAAUGAUUACACUUUUAAAAUAUGCAUAUUUCAUCCCAACAUCAUGACUCACAGUAAGAAAAGCACAGGAAUAUUAUCUCCAUGACAUUUAAAGGGCUCUGUUCUGUUCCAGUUUCCCAGUAAGCCGUGACGGCGAGCCAGCAUGCAACAUAUCAGGACGCUGAAACUGUGCUUUAAAAUAAUCUGCAAUCUUUUGUUAUUUACUCUUGUGCUUUUCCUACCGUGACCUGUCAAAACAUCCACUUUUUAGGAGUUGAAAUCUGAAUUUGUUUGCCAAUCAACACACCAACAUGUGUUUGACAUCAUUGCUUCGGUAUGAUAACACAAAGACGCUAAGAAGUAUUUACGCCCGUUUGUGUUCCUCAUUGUUUUCUAAACACUAAAUAUGUGUUGUAAAUACAUGAAUUUAUGGGAUUCUUUGUGUACUACAAGCUACAGGACUCUUGACAGGUUUAAGUUCCUGCUACUACUUGAAUACGGCGCUAGAUUUUGUUCUGUAUCGACCUCACUGCCAGGCAACAUGGCACACCUCACAGGAUUUUGUUACUGUAAGUGACCUCAGCUCCAGAUCUAGUCAAAUUAAAGGCCGUACUGUAGCAGAUAUAUUUAUCGUUGGGUCAUGACUAUCAUCUUUAAAGUAAAAGACAUUAUUAAAGCAAUAGUUUUCAUGCCAAGAGUUGGAUAAGAGAGGUUAUACCCCUUUACAAUCUGCAUUAAAGGUCAGAAAAUCAGCAUUUUACUGCACAGUCUGCGUAGAGAUUUAACAAACUAAAACAUGACCUGCCAGUGAGUGAGCUUCUGGAGGUGUUGGGAGCUUGUUUUUGGACCUAAGGGUUAAAAUCAGUUGAAGCCAUUGUGGAUUUGCCUGAAACCUGCAUGCUUCUAAUCUCCUGCAGGGGGCGACGUCUGCUUGCAGAAAGAUGGAAGUCUAUAAGAAAAUUACCCUAUUUUCAAUUUGAUUCAUUAUCUUAUUUAACAUUUUUCUACUGAGUAAAGGGUCUCAAUCUCUACUGUAAAGUCUUCUGCAAUACAGCAUGAUGUUCAUUUGGUAAAUGAAUGGUUCAAUUUAGAGUAAAUUCCCCAAAACUAUUCCUUCAAAGCUACGUCCACAUCGCAGAUCGUCAUUCCUACACUUUAAGAUGCUAAUGAGAUUUAUUUCCAACAACUAUUCAGAAACAGCAGAUGGUUAAGUACUAUCAUUCCCAUGGCUCUCGCUACUAUGCUAACACACUUAGCAACAGACAGCUACACAACAUGGUUUGGAGUUGGGAUUUAUCAGAGUAGUGUGCUUUACAAGCUUCCAAAUCCUAUCAUUGUCUCAUAUCCACUUAAAACCAAGCAAAUCAAAUGUCAUUACCAUCUGUUAUCCAUUCAGUCUUGACUUGCUGCAUAUUUAAUGUGUUCAUAAGCAUGAGUUGACAUCAGAUGGGGGUGAAAAAGGAAACAUAUCAAAACCAGAACCUUUGAAUUACCUGAGUGUGCCACUGUUUCUGUGGGAUUGUAGCAUGAGGGGAGCAAUGAUCCAGUUGUGGCGCUAAUUGUUACACGAUUUCAAAGUGCCUUUCAUCUGUUUGGAUGCCAUACUGUAGCCAUUCCUUGUUAGAUUAUGGGAUAGCAUCCUUUUUUCUAAUUGAAGUUUACAUUUUUGUGUGUAUUAGGAUCACUUCACCGAGCACUGUGUGACCAAUCAAAACCAAGGAUCAGCUAUUGCAACUCCAAAGACACAACAACACAGCUACGUAGAAUCUCAGUUUUAACGUUGGGAAACACACGUGAAUAUUAGGCUGAAAUAGAAGGGCACCCCAAGGUGGUUUCCAUAAAUGACAAAUAAUACAUGUAUCUGGCUGCUUUGAAAUGCAAUGGUUUCUUUCUCUCACCAAGUUUGAUUAAAAUCAGGCAAGUAUUUCUGAAUUUGCCAACCUGAUUUUCUCCAGCAGGUCAAUCCAAAGUUUCUUUUUGCCAUGAAGUGCAUUAUUUCAGAAGUCUGUAUCACAACUGAAGUGCUGAUCCGUACAGUUUUCUCCCUCUGUGCUCUCUGUGCUCUCUGUGCUCUCUCUGUUCUCCCUCUGUUCUCCCUCUGUGCUCUCUCUGUGCUCUCUCUGUGCUUCGGUAUCUUAACGUGAAUAUGUUGUAAGUGUCUUGAGUGUGGCUUUUUUCCAAGGUGACUUCUUCCCAUCUUGGCCUCGCAAUAAACUGAUGGAGGUCUGAAGCGGCA